AUGUUCUUCUUCCCUUCAAUACGACCGACGGCAAUCGCCCCAGCAUUAUCGCUAGGCUUGUUCUCAGGAGUCAAUGAAGCCAUGCAGAUAGAGACAGUGCGGUACUACGACCUAUCGAACGUGGGCGGCACAGCACGAGGCUGGGAGAGAGAGGAGCGAAUACUGCUCUGCGCACCACUCCGCGAUGCAGCUCCGCAUCUACCAAUGUUCUUCAGCCAUCUGCGAAACCUGACAUACCCACACCACCUUAUAGAUCUGGCUUUCUUGGUUGGAGACAGCAAGGAUAACACGAUAGAGCUUUUGAGCGAUCUGUUGGCAAAGCUGCAGGCACAGGAGGAUACUAGGCAAGCGUUUGGAGAGAUAAGCGUGAUUGAGAAGGACUUUGGUCAGACGGUCAACCAGGAUGUAGAGUCUCGACACGGUUUUGCUGCACAGGCUAGCAGAAGAAAGAGUAUGGCUCAGGCUCGCAACUGGCUUCUGUCGGCAGCACUACGACCCACACAUAGCUGGGUAUAUUGGCGAGAUGUGGAUGUCGAGACUGCGCCAUUCACAAUCCUUGAGGAUCUGAUGCGACACAACAAGGACAUCAUUGUGCCUAACGUCUGGCGGCCACUUCCAGACUGGCUUGGUGGCGAGCAGCCAUACGAUCUGAACAGCUGGCAGGAGUCCGAGACUGCUCUUGCUCUUGCCGAUACUCUGGACGAGGAUGCCGUCAUUGUCGAAGGCUAUGCAGAGUAUGCCACCUGGCGACCUCACUUGGCCUACCUCCGUGACCCUUACGGCGACCCGGACAUGGAGAUGGAGAUCGACGGCGUAGGCGGUGUGUCCAUCCUCGCCAAAGCCAAGGUCUUCCGCUCAGGUGUGCACUUCCCAGCCUUCAGCUUCGAGAAGCACGCAGAGACAGAAGGUUUCGGCAAGAUGGCCAAGCGCAUGGGCUUCUCGGUCGUAGGUCUCCCACACUACACCAUCUGGCAUUUAUACGAGCCAAGUGUGGACGACAUCAGACACAUGGAGGAGAUGGAGCAAGAACGGAAGGCACGCGAAAAAGAAGAGAAUGCUAAAAGAGAGCGAGAAGAGAAGAUCAAUGUGCAGUUUGACAUGGAGGGUAAGGAUCAAUGGGAGAAGGAUAUGGCGGCUGUCAAAGAUGCAAAGAAGUCUGCCGAGGAUGCUAAGAAGGAGACGAAGAAGGAGGAGAAGUCCUCCGAUGAUGAGAAGAAAACUUCGGAUGAUGCGGAGAAGAAGUCCUCUGGCAACGAUGAGAAGUCUUCCGUGGGCAGAAAUGCUGUCAGUGGCGAGAAAGCAGGUGCGGAUGAAGGCAGUCCUGAUGGUGGCCGGGAUGCGAAUAAGGCAACCUUCGCUGACGAGCUCUACCGUGUCCGAAGCCACACUGACACUACGCCAAGGACAAGCAACAACGAAGCAGACCCUGACGAUGCCAUGAUCACGAAAGAGCCCCCUCGCACCCCCGGGUUCAGCGAAUCUUCGGGUCAGCAGGUGGAGAACGAUGAUGCGGCUCGAGGCCAUGCUGGAGUGGCUUCCAAGGCCGCAGCCAUGAGCGCUGAGCGUGAUGAGCUCAAACUGGACGAGUUCGAGAGGGAUAUGAAGGCCCCUGGACCCGGGAAAGAAGAAGACGAUGCUGGUUUGUGA